GGAAGAAUGAAUUUUCUGUUAAAACAGGAAGACAAAACUUUUUUAGAAAAUACAUAAAGUAUUUCAAACAACCGUGAUUUGAUACACAAAUAAAAUGUUAUAGAAUCAAAAUGUCUUUAGUCCAUUUUUGCUUUGAAAUUAUGUUCUCGGAACUUGUAAUUUUUAGGUAUGAUUCAUGCUGGGAUAGGACACUCUCAUGUCUGUUCAUUCCUGUCUGCAUUGGGUAUUCCAUCUAUACACCACAAAUGUUUGAAACGAAUGGAGAGGACAAUAGGACACGUGGUUGAACAGACUGCGCGUGACUCAUGCGCACAGGCUUCAAAACAAGAGCGGGUACAGUCGGAACUUAGAAAAACAUGUGAAGAACGUAUGGAGUUGACAACAGAACACAUAGCUGAAGAGAUUGCGCGUGAUUUAUGCGCACAGACUCCAAAACAAGAGCCGGUACAACCGGAACUUAGAACACCAGUGCCGGAAAUGCAACUGUCAAGUUCCUGUGAAGAUGACCAAAUAUCAUUUGAGGAAGCAAUGGAAAUAAUAGAAAAUGCAGCUGACGACACCGAUGAUCGUUUGGUAUAUGAAGACAAAGUCUUAAAUUCUCAACUAGGUGUGGAAAGCAUGUGCACAGCAGAAAGUUUAGACUGUUCUUUUGACAAUUCUACAACCAGUCAGGGGUUGUGCGUACUGAAUGAAGGUAUUUGCGUAUCAAGUACAAGAAAUGGAACUACGCAGUGUACACGUAUGGGAAGAACAUGUGAAUCAGACACACCAGUCGAAAUAACAGUCAGUCAAGAUGCAGCUUGGUCGAAGCGUGGUCGAGCAAUGAAUAGUUUAUCCGGCUGGGGACACGUCAUUGGAGAAAAAACACGAAAAUGCUUGAAUUUCUCUACAAGAGUCAAGAAUUGUGCCAAGUGCAAAUUAUAUAACAGAGCAAAAAAGGUAAUUACUCCUCACGACUGUAGAAAAAAUUGGUCACAGAGCUCCAAAAGUAUGGAGUCUGAUAUAGCUGUAACUUUACAUAAAGAAGCAAAGGACACUGGAUUGAAGUAAGCUG